AUGCUAUUGUGUAUGGAACCAAAGACCACAAGGUACGUGAAAAAAUGUAUAAAUGAGGGGUCAGAUUUGACACUGGAGAAAACUGUUAAAUUCGCUAGAACGUCUGAACUGUCUAAGCAACAAGUACAGUCCAUGGAGGACAAAUCUGUUAAUGGUAUCUCAGUGAAAGCGAACAGGGGACAGACACAAUACAGGAAACAGAUAUUUCAUGCCAAAAAUGAAAGUGAAAGUACAAAGCAGAAAGUGAAAGAUUGCAGAAACUGUGGUAAGACUCAUGAUUACAAACAAUGCCCUGCUUAUGGUGAAACGUGUAGAAAAUGUGGAAAACUAAAUCACUUUGCUGUAAAGUGUCGGUCAAGCAACAAGCGAACUGGUGCAAGCUCAAAGAAAACUAACAAAGUGAAAACUAUGCAUGCAGUAGACACGUCUGAGGAAGAAUUCUUUAUUGGAACUGUGGAUGUGGGGAGUAUCAGGGUUUAUUACCGGACUCGGAUGCCUACCAGACACUUACACCAUCAAGGUAGAAAAAGAUGUGCAGCCGGUUAUACAUCCCCACGCAAGAUCCCAUUAGCUUUGAAGGACAAGGUCAAGGAUGAGUUGGACCGAAUGGAGCGUGAAGGAGUGAUUGUUAAGCAGCGCGAACCUACUAAAUGGGUCAAUUCCAUGGUAACUGUUACCAAGCCUAAUGGAAAGAUUAGGAUCUGUGUUGAUCCUCGUGACUUGAACCGUGCUAUAUUGCGUGAACAUUUUCCUUUGAAAACAGUAGAGGAAGUAGCAGCAAUGAUGCCUGGAGCCAAAGUUUACAGUAAAUUAGACGCCACAUCUGGAUUUUGGCAGACCAAAAUAGACGAAGAGAGUUCGAAGUUGUGUACAUUCAACUCGUCAUUUGAACGUUAUCGUUUCAUCAGAAUGCCGUUUGGAAUAAAGUCUGCUCCGGAAGUGUUCCAACGUGCUAUUUCCGAGAUGGCCCAGGAUCUUGAUGGAACUGAAGCGAUUAUUGAUGAUAUCAUAUGGGGUACCACGGAGGAAGAACAUAACAGACGAUUAAAAGCGGUACUGGAACGUGCUCGUCAAUUCAACUUGAAGCUCAGUGCAGACAAGUGUGAGAUGAGACGUUCGGAACUUACCUAUGUUGGACAGAUUUACUGA